UGCGCAUCGCUCGCGAGGGAAAUCCGCGUCCACGUAAACCCAAAAAGGGUCUCGACGCAUCGCCGCGAAAGAGACGGAAGGACGGUCGAAAGUGGAAAGGGGAAAGGAACGUCGACUCCAGAUCCGCUCCGGAAAGGAAGCGGCCCGAGGCUCGCCCCUCCUCGCGACGUCGUCCUCCACGUCGUCCAAGAUUCGUCAAAAGUCUUAAACUCUGGGAAAAUGUCCCGAGCUAAUUGAGAUCAAUAGUUGGCGCCGCGUCUUCGAGGAUCGACCCCAUGGACCCGGACUUCGAAAGGCCCUCCAAGUGCUGGAAGUGCUUGCGCCUUCUGUGGCGGUUCUUCAGGUGUGUCUUCUCCCACGUGACUCUGGUCUCCCUGGUCGUGGCUUACUGCGUCCUCGGCGCGAUCGCCUUCAGGUCACUCGAGGCGGAAAACGAAAAGAAGGUCAAAAGGAGCAUAAAGAGCGUCCGUGGGAAUUUGACGGAAGAGCUGUGGGAUUACACCCGGAACGUCGACGUGUUGAUCAGGGAAAACUGGACCGUUAACGUGACCGAAAAACUGAAGACCUUCGAGACGAUACUGCUGAGGAAGAUGAAGAAGGAAGGCUGGGACGGAAACGAAUCGGAGGAGACCGUUCAGUGGACGUUCGCAGGGGCUCUGUUUUAUUCGAUCAUCGUUAUCACCACGAUAGGAUACGGCCAUAUAGCGCCGAAAACGCAAAAUGGGAAAGUGAUGACCAUUUUCUACGCCAUCGUGGGCAUCCCGCUGAUGCUGCUGUGCCUGUCAAACAUCGGUGACGUAAUGGCGUCGAGCUUCAGGUUCCUUUACUGGAAAGUUUGCUGCUACGUGUGCACGAAGCCACCGAAAAGAAGACGUAGGGCCAGGAGUUACUCCAUGCGACAGCCGUCCGCGUACGUACGCGACAAUUACGAUAUUUCCAGGAGAUAUCACGCGAGAGCGGCUUCCUUGAGACGGACGGUCCGGGUUAGUCAGCGAUCGGCGGAUUCGGCCCUGGGCCUUUCGGAAGGCAUGCUCAGGACCUCCUACUCGGAUACCGAUUGCAGGUAUCCCCGAGCCAGCUACGACGCGCCGGAAAGAAGGAAAUCCUACGUGUCUUCGCCGCCAGUUCCGGGUUCCAGAUUAAUGUCAAUUUCCGCAAAGUGUCCGGAUCUCCCGAUUGCCGGCUCCAGAGGGAGAGGCUCCCAAGUCGCGGCACCGCCUAUGAGGAAUUACCGAGCGACCAUGUCCCUGGACCGGAAGCUAGCGGUGGGACCGAACGAGGCGGAACGCACGCCGGUGCUCUUCAACAAGUACGCUCUGGGUCCUGAAGACGAGUUCUCCAAGUGGCGGGGAGGCGCCGAAAAGGGUUGGCUCCUCGAAGCGGUUCCGAAAUCGAUUCGUCGCUACGUUUCCGAUUCUUUAUUUCCAUUUCCAGAUAACGUGGACCAACCGAGUCCCGGUGGGCUCGCCAUGAGGUCCUUUUCCGAGAACACCAGGAGGUCUCUGCCCAGAAGAUGUCUGUCCAAUCCCAGAUUUUCCGGACAGAGACAGAGACCGAGACCUGCCACCGUGUACCUGGACAUGAACGCCUCGAUAAAAAGGCUGCCGUCCUUUAAAGGAAGGCGAGCUCGGGCCAAUCAGUGCGCCGUUCGACCUCAACAGCGCGAGCCCCCGUCUCCAAGAAUUAUGUCCCCGAUGGGAUUCGCGGUGCACCGGCAGUAUCACAACGACGACUUCGACAUCGAUUACGACUAUUAUCCAACUACUCUGGAGGGAAGCGACCGAAGUUACGGGCAACGGGCGAUCAAGCCGGUACCGAUUUGGCUCUGCGUCUUCUUGGUGGUCAGUUACAUCUUCGGGGGCGCCUUCCUCUUCAGCGAAUGGGAGGAGUGGGUCUUCCUCGACUCCGCUUACUUUUGUUUCAUCACCCUGACUACCAUAGGAUUCGGAGACUUCGUGCCCGCCCACAGACUACACGCCGAGCAGGGAAUUGCUCUCUGCUCGCUCUAUUUGCUCUUCGGCAUCGCCCUGCUGGCCAUGAGUUUCAACCUGGUCCAGGAGGAGGUGAUCAGCAACGUCAAGGACGUCGCCAAGAGACUCGGCAUCAUCAAGGAGGACGAGGACGACGAGGACGACGAGGACGAUGACAUCGAUGACAUCGAUGACAUCGAUGACAUCGAUUACGUGGACGAGGAUUACGAGAUCGGCGAUGACGAGGAAGACGAGGACGACGAGGACGAUCUCGCCGUUGGUCGAUGACUUCACCGCGAUGCAUAACUUUUCAUUCAUUUCUAUCGUGGAGCGUCAGGAAUUCGACGAGUCCAAUUUUCUUCGUUUUUCUAAGUUUUAUCCUCCGCAAGUUAUAGCAGAGAUCGCGAAGCGGAAUUAACGUUGCCGAUGGUAUCGACGACGAACCAGCAGAUUUCUUCCCAGGGGCGAAAGAGCAACGAUUUGCAUUUAAACGAUUCGCUGUUGUCAAUACAGAGCCAGAGAAUACA